GACGGAUUCUCGCGGAUGCGGUGCGUGCGCCCGCGCAACUGUGCGGGUUCCCGUAUCAUUCAGGCUGCUCCAUGGCGAUGGCUCCGGGCCCGGGCGGAGCGGGGCCGCUUUUGGCGACUCUCGUCAUCCUCGGAGCCGUGUCUGCAGACAAUGACUGUUUGUGGUACACAGAUAAACAGGGAAACUGGCACAUUGGUUUUGACUGCUCAUUCUUUCAGUUCUGCUGUGGAAACUGCACUUACCGCUAUUGUUGCCUGGAUCCAAUGCAGCUCAUCACUGAGAAACAACAGAAGUAUUGUAUGUCCAUGCACCUCAGGUCACAGGGAGGAGACUCGCAGUUUCCCAAUGCAGCCAGCCAAUCCGUCGAACAUGCCCUCUGGUGUAUACCCUCCGUAUCCAACAGCUCCUGCCUACGGUGCUCCAGUGAUGCAAAACUACCCAAUGCAGCCAGGCUAUGCUGCCAACACACGUGUGGCAUCUUAUCAGCCAUACCCACCAGCUCCAGCCUACAAUGCUGCAAGUGCUCCCCCGUACACCUCAUCGUAGCUGGAAUGAAGAACAGCUGUUAGACCCUAUCCGUAUACUUCCCAGCUCCAGUCUGUAGUUAACUGGGGCACUGAAGUUUUGUUUGAUAUAGGACCCUGUUACCUGGAAAACACCAUUUGCAUGAGUGCAUAUAUUCUUUGUUUACUGAAGAAUUUAAUUUUGAAAUUCAAAUUGUGCUGAGUAUUAUUUUCCACCCUUAAUAAGCUGAAAGUUUAUGUGAGUUGUUUAUUUAUAUAUGGCUAUUAUUUCACCCUGUGCUAUUGUCCUCUUUCAGUAGAAUCUGCAGAUAUACUGCUGGGUUCUGCCAUUUCACACAGUCUGUUGUUCACUGUUAAUUUCAGUUAAUAAUAUCAGCAUUAUUUGGAUGAAAGAAAGUAUUAAUAUGUUUGAAGGAAUGCAGCUCUGAUGUGAACUAUUUUAUAAAAGGGUUCACUCAUAGUGUAAUUUGGCUGAAUGAUUGAUCACCGGGUGAGGCCCAUGGUCUGUGAGAGAGAGAUGGUGGCUGUGGAUGCAGGAGGAGUGGAUGUCUGUGUGUGUGAGUGUGCUUGUGCCAGGGUCUGCGUGUGCAUCAACAAGUGUGUCCAUGUGUGUGUGUCUGUGUCAGUGUCUGUGUUUGUAUGCGCAUCUAUGUAAGGAUCUGUGUCUGUGUGUGUAGGCUUGUCUGAGUUGGGGUCUAUGUGCAAAUAUGUCUGCAUCUGUAUGUGUGCCUGUUUUGGGGUCUGUGUCAGUGUGUGUUGAGUGUGCCUGUGUCAUGGUGUGCACGUUGAGUGUGUCUCUGUUGCGGCCUGUGUGUAAGUGUGUCAGUGUCAGGGUCUAUGUGUGUAAGUGUGUCCAUGUCUGUCUCUUUCUGUCUGUGCGUUCAUGCCACACUCCACUCCAGUACGUUUUGUUGCUGUAACCCCAUGGAAAGGCUUGAAAUGAUCCUGACCCCUCAGUGAGAACUGUGAGAAUGGCAAGGGGGAUCACUGUGAGAGUGGGGAGUAGGUGGCAAUGAGGACAGAAGACAGACAGGCAGUGCAGCUGUUUAAACUCAGCAGGAGCAUGCUGACUCACAACAUUCAACCCCAAAAUUUCAACUUUCAGCCCCACUUGAGAUCCUAAUUCUCACUUUUGAAAGCUCAGCUUUUCUCCCUGGUUACUGACUGUUGUGUGUCCCUGAUGUAUGUAUGUCUGCUAGCUGAGCAUCUGUGUAUGUGGGAGACAUGUUUGCAUGACAUGUGUGUGCAAUGUAAUAGUUGUUGUAUGAAUGUCAACAAGAGUCAGGAUCUGCAAGUGAGAGUGAGGGGUGUGUGUGUGUGUGUGUGUGUGUGUGUGUGUGUGUGUGUGUGUGUGUGAGAGAGAGAGUCUGGGGUGUGUGUGGGGGGGGCGCAGAGAUAGGGUCAGGUCAGGGGAGUGUGUGUGAGAGAGAGUCUGGGGUGUGUGUGGGGGGAGCGCAGAGAUAGGGUCAGGUCAGGGGAGUGUGUGUGUGAGAGAGAGAGUCUGGGGUGUGUGUGGGGGGAGCGCAGAGAUAGGGUCAGGUCAGGGGAGUGUGUGUGAGCAUGUGUAAAAGUUGAUGGUGUGUGUGCGUAUGUGAAAUUUAGGGAUGUGAGAGUCAGGGGUGUGUGACGGUUGGAGAUGUUUGAGAGAGUGUCAGGAGUGAAAGUGUGUGAGAGAGUCUGGACUGUAUGCAUGUGUGAGAAAUGGGGGUGUGUGUAUGUGAGAGAGUCAGGAGUAUGAGAGAGUCAGAGGGAUGUGUGUGAGAGGUGCCAGUGCGUGCAUGUGUGUGUGCAUGCAUGCAGGAGAGUCAGUGGCAUGUCUGUGUGCGUGUGGGAAGGAUGUGCGUGUAUGAGAGAGAGAGAGAGAGAGUCAGUGUGCAUGUGGUGGUGGGGGUUGGUGGAGUGCAUACGUGUAAGAGGGAUGGGCAUGUGUGUGCGCGCACAUGCGCAAGAGAGUUGGGGUGUAUGUGUGUGUUGGUUUUGUAUGUGUGUGAGAAUUGGGGGAUAUGUGUGCAUGUGUAAGAGUCAGGCAUGUGUGUGGGUGUGUGAUGGAGGUGUGUGACUAUGAGAGUCAAGAAUGUGUGUGUGAGAGAUGGGUCUGUGUGCUUGUGUGAGAGUUGGGGUUGUGUGCAUGUUUGAGAGAUGGGGUGUAAGUGUGUGAGAGAGUAGGGUAUGUGCGUGAGAGAGAGUUGGAUGUGUAUGCUGAUGUAGGUCUGCAGUGUGUGUCUGUGUGAGAGAGACGAUGUGUGUGUGUCCAAGAGUUGCAGGUGUGCAUGUGCAUGAGAGAUGAGGGGAUAUGCAUCUGUGUGAGAAUUGGGUAUGUACGUGUGUGUGAAAGUUGUAUGCAUGUGCCUGUGUGAGUCUGUCAUGUGUACCUGUGUGAGAGAGACGAUGUGUGUGUGUGAGAUGGGGGUGUGUGAGAGAAAGUCAGGGGUGUACAUGUGUGAGAGUCAGAUAUGUGCUCAUGUGUGAGAGUUGCGUGUGCGUGUAAGUUGGGGUGUGUGUAUGUGAGAAAGUCAAGGGUGUGUGCAUGUGUGAGACACUGUAUGUGAGAGAGAGUUGAGCAUGUGUGCAUGUGAGUCGGGCAUGUGAGAAAGUCUGUGUUUGAGAGAAAGUCAGAGUUGGGACUCUGUGCAUGUGAGAUGGAUGAGGGUAUCUGUAUGUGUGUGAAAGAUUCAGUUUGUAUGUGUGUGAUAGAUGAGUGUGCAUGUGCAUGAGAGUCGGGGUGUGUGUGUGUGUGUGUGUGUGUGUUGUGCUUGUAUGUGUAAGAGAACUGGAGGACGUGUGUGCAUGUAUGAGACUCAGAAUGUAUAUGUGUAUGGAUGAGACUUAAGAGUGCGUGUGUGAGACUUGGGUGUGUGCAUGUGUGAGAGUCGAGUGUGUGCAUGCGUGACAGUCAGGAGUGUGCGCGUGUGACAGUCUGGGGUGGCGCACAUGUCUCUGGGUGUGCAAGUUUGAAUGUGUGUGUGUGAUAUUCAGGUGUGUGUACGUAUAAUGUUUCAAUUCAAAUAACUGUUGACUUGAAUCACACUCAAUUGAACCCUAGCUACUUGCUGUGUUAAAAGAUUCUUCCUCCACUUUAAAUGUGUGCCCUUUGGUUAUUCAUCCAUUUAUGAGUGAGAACAGUUUUCCCCUAACUGUCCCAACUCUCUAAUCUUUCCUCAUACCUGAACUUUCUCAUCUUUGGAAGCAUUCUCAAAAUCUUCUUCUGCACUCUGUACAAUGCACUGCACACAGUGCUCUAACUGACUAGCGUCUCAUAUAAAUUCAUCAUAAACUCCCUGCUCUCAAUGCCUGUUUUAAUAAAACCUAGAAUAUUGUCAAUAUUUCUAGUCAGUCUGUUCAGGGAUUUCAUGACACAUCCCUGAAGCAGUUGGAACUUGAACCCGGGCCACCUAGCUAAGAGAUAGAGACAUUACGACUGCACUGUUUGCUUCAUUAACAGCUCUCUCUACUUGCCUUACCACCAUUCAUGUCUUAUGUAUUUACACAGGUCUCUCUGCUGCUGCACAUCCUUUAGAACUGAACCCUUUACUUUGUGCUGUUUUUCCAUGUUCUUUUUACCAAAACGUAUCACUUCAUACUUCUCUGCAUUGAACUUUAAGUGUCACUAAUCUUCCUACUCCACCAAUUUGACAAUGUCCUCUGUGAUUUCUAUACUCAAAAGUUUACAGUUCUUCCAAGUUCCAUAUAUUCUGCAAACUUUGAACUUGCCUCAUCCAAGAUCUAACCCUUUGUAGCAGGAAGAGCAAGAGUUCCAGAACCGACCCCUGGGAAAUUCCACUGAGAAUCUUCCUUCAACCUGAAAAAUGACCACUGCUCUCUUUUUCUUAUCUCUUAGCCAAUCUGUGCUCACUUUGCAACUGUCCCAUUUAUUCCAUGAUCUAUAACUCUCCCCCAUGGCACUGUAUCAGAAGCCUUUUGGCAGUCCUUGCACAUUACAUCAACUAUCUUCCCUCAUUAAAUCUCUUUGUAUAACUUCAACAUAGUUCCAGUAAUUUAGUUUCAAUUUUCCCUUAACAAAUACAUUCUGACGAUUCUGAAUCAGUCCAUAACUUUCUAUGUGACUUAGUUAAUAAUUGUUUUAGAAGUUUCCCCAUAGCUGACAUUAUACUAGUCUGUAAUUGCGGUGCUGAUCUUAAUAACUUCUUUUGUACAAGGGGAUAAUGUUUGCAAUUCUCUGGUACCACCCCAGAAUCUAGAGCAGAUUGAGAGAUUAUUGCCAGGAAAUUGCAAUUUCCACUUCUACUUCCUUCGGUAUUCUUGGAUGCAUUUCAUCCAGUUUUGAUACCUUAACAACUGUAAAGCACCAACAGGUUAUCCAAUACUUUCUGUUUUUACAUUUUUAAACCCUUCUUGCUCUUGAGUUUCCUCCUCUGACACUGUGUCCAUGGCAGCAUCAGGUAAAGACUGAUGCAAAGUAUUUGUAUAAGACCUCAACCAUCCCUCAUGCAUAAAAGUGUCAAUUCCCUCUUUGGUCCCUACUUGUCCCCAUAUCAUGCUUUUACUAUUGAGAUUCUUGCAGAAGUCUUUGGGAUUUCCCUUUACGUUAGCUGCCAAUUUUUUUUGGAUAUAAUCCUCUUUGCCUCUUAAAUAUGCUUUCUAGCCUCCCUUCUGAACCUUCUGCAUACGAGUGUGUGGAGAUGGAUGUGUACAAGAGACAGAUAUGUGUGUGUUUUAGCAGUAUGUUUGUGUCUGUGUGUAAGUUUGGUGUUUCCGUGUGUAUGAGAGAGUGAGACAGGUGUUAUUGUUUAAAAGAGGGUUGGUGUUCAGGAGGUACAAGGGACAUGUUUGAGUGUGUUAGGGCGUAUGUGAAAGAGAAAGUGACAAGAUAUUAGUGUGUGUUAAACAGGUGUUAGUGUGUGUCUGGGAGAGACACAGACAAAGAAGGUGUUAGGGUGUGAGAGACAGGGGUGGCGUGAAACAGAGGAGGAUGAGUGACCCAGAAGGAUAUGAUGUGACCUGGAACUCUCUUGUUAGUGGAGAUAUUAUGAGUGAUGAAAAGUGAAUUUGCAGAAUGAGUAUAUCUAUUGUGUGGGCUGCUCUGGAAACAGAACAAAAGACCGCUCUCUGACUCACUUUGUGGUUUGUUUCAACUGAUUGCGUUGACUGCAGACAUUAAAGGAAACCAUUGAACAUUAACAAAGCUGGAAUGUCAGAGGAAUUUGUUUUUAAAUUAACUUAAAGUAAAACAUUUGGAACCUGA